AUGUCUGGUUGCCGCUUUACCUGCUGCUUCUGGAUAUAUUACAACCUCAUCCUUUGCUUCAGCCUUUCCUUCAUGAUAUUCGGGUUCAUCUUCCUUCCUCAAGAACCAAAGUUCACAAUCACCAAUGCUACACUAACCCAAUUCAACUUCAACAGCUCCAACAACACCCUCGACUACAACCUCACACUCAACAUGACCAUCAGAAACCCUAACAAGAGGGUUGGCAUAUAUUAUCGCCGCAUUCAGGUAAUCGGUGACUAUCGAAAGAAGAGGUUUGCUCUCGUGACUUUGAAUACUUUGCCGUUCUACCAAGGCCACAAAAACACCACCGAAUUGCAUCAAGUGGUUGUUCAAGGAUCGCAGCCGGUGAAGUUUGGAAAACGCGAGGUGUCCCAGUUUACCGAGGAGACUGCUUCUGGGAUUUACAGUAUAAAGGUGCAGCUUGCUCUUCGGAUAAAAGCCAGGUACGGCAAGUUCACGUCGCGCAAUUACCAACCGUAUCGGAAGAUUGACUGCAAGCUGAAUGUUCCUUUGAGUUUUAAUGAAACAUCAAUUGCCAGUGGUUUCAAGGCCACAAGGUGUGAAAAUGUUUACUUCUUUACAGAUCCUGAUUCAGAUUAA